CCUCAACAGACAGCUAUUUGGGAUUCAGCCAGCGUUCUCAUGCCGCACAGUUUGGCGCCUGGGCGAUGCAUGCUAGGUCCAUGAGUUUUAAAGUAUGAAUUUCUGGUAGCUUUGUGUACCUUUAGUCAUCGUUUAUUUGCCGUGUGUUUCAGCUACAAGUUUCUGUAUUAGGUUUAUUUUAAAACACUAUUGAAGCGCUACAGUUAGCAGAGGGCGCUUAGCCGGUGCUGUGUUUUAGGCUAAGGAAGGCAGCACAAAACCAAAGCAGGCAAUGACACCGCAAAGAGACGGCACAACCUCUCUCAUUGACAGGACCAUGAAGAUGAGGAGAGAGGAACAGGAGCGCCAGGUUCUCCUAGCCUGGGCCGUUCUCAACGUCUCUCUGGCUGGAAUGAUUUACACAGAAAUGUCAGGAAAGCUGCUCAGCAGAUACUAUAAUAUAACUUACUGGCCAAUCUGGUACAUUGAACUUGCCCUAGCCUCUCUGUUCAGCCUGAAUGCUGUCUUUGAUUUCUGGAAGUAUUUCAAGUACACCAUGGCACCUUCAACCAUUACUAUCUCUCCAGAGCAACAUCGACUCCUCGGCCUCCGCAACUCUGGAAUUCAGGCUUCCCCACCCCAAAAGCCAGAGAAGAAAGAGACUCCGGUGGCUUCCCAGUCAUCUCCACUACAGGGACAGAACGUGCUCAGUUUCAGCCCUGCACGGCCCCCCAGCACCAGUCCAAAGUUUUCCCCCAGUUGUGUGUCUGGGUACAGCCCGCCUCUGAGCAGCCCUUCUACUCCUGGCAGCGGCAGACCUUUUUCUCCUUCUGUGGCAUUUGGCAAGGUAUUGAACUACAGUCCAUCUUCCUCUCCUUACCCGAGCAGCCUGGGCCCAGUAGAAGGCACCAGUCUAAGAACACGCUAUCGCACAUCACCUUCUGUUUUUAGCUCUCCUGGAGGGAAGGAAGACUACAUGGAUGACCUUAAAUCUUUGGAGAAAUUCCUGCGUUCAGAGGAAGAGAAGAGCCACCGAGGCCAUCUUGGGAGUCCAGAGUCGACAUCUCAAUCACACAGUCCAACCUUCUGGAACUACAACCGCUCUAUGGGCGAUUACGCUCAGAGCCUGAGGAAGUUCCAGUACCAGCCAGCCUGCCGCUCACAGGCUCCCUCUGCCCACAAAGACGAAACUGAGCUGGGAUCCAAACAAGCUGCUGAAGAAGUCUGGGCACGGAUCACAACCAGUCGUGUGGUUACUGAUAGCAUUGACAGCUGGACUGCCAAACUUAGAAACUGGAUAAAUGACACCAUUCUGGUUCAUUUGGUUAAAGAAAUAGAAUCCAUCAACAGCCAACUGAGGAGAAUGGGCUGCCCGGAGUUACAGAUAGGAGAGGCCAGUAUCAGCAAUCUGAAACAGGCUGCUGUAGCCAAAGCCUCAGCCAUUCCCACUAUCAACACUAUAGUGCAAUACCUGGACAUCACAUCCAACCAGGAGUAUCUGGUAGAGAGAAUCAAGGAGCUGGCCCACAGCGGCUGCAUGAGCUCCUUUCGCUGGAACGGUGGUGGGAAGCUGAAGAACCGAAAAUGGGACACAGAUCUCCCGACUGACUCUGCUAUUCUCAUGCAUAUUCUGUGCACAUACCUGGACUCUAGACUUCCUCCUCACCCAAAGUACCCAGAUGGAAAAACUUUCACAUCUCAACAUUUCAUCCAGACUCCAAACAAACCAGAUCUUUCCAACGAGAACCUCUUCUGCAUUCACCAGAGCAGCAUCAACCCACCUCACUAUCAGCUUGUCUAUCAAGGCCAUAUCUACAGUCUGCCUAAGGGCAGAAACAAUUUGUUCCACACAAUCCUCAUGUUCCUUUACAUUAUCAAAACCAAGGAAUCUGGGAUGCUGGGAAGAGUCAACCUGGGACUCUCAGGGGUCAACAUCCUUUGGAUAUUUGGGGAGUAAUAGUGCUAUAACCAUGUUAUAACUGAGUAAAUACAACACUGAAAUGCUCACAUUGUGAGUAAUAUUUUGUACUUGGGUGGAUGUGGUUAUAAUUUUAUAUAAGCUGUUUUUCUGGUGCUUUGAGGAAACAUGGUUCUUUGAUUGCUAAAGCAACCGCAGCCCAGCAUCAGCUGAUCUUUGAUCAGUUUCAGCUCUCUACACAGCAAAGUUGUGUUACAGAACCAGCCAACAGAGAAAUUAGUUGUAUUUGGUGUUGUAAAUAAUCUGCAUGUGACAGUAUUGUUUGAUACAAAGUUGUAGAAAUUUUCAGGAUUGAAUGUGUGAAUUUGGUGUAUUAUUUUAUAUAUAUAUCUGUGUAAGUGGUUUACUAGAGCUUUAGUGAGUGGUUUGUUGUAGGCAUGAACAGAUAUUAUCUCUGCUGUAUAUUUCUCACCUCAUUCUUCACAUGCUUAUCAUCCUCUUUAUUAAAACUCUUAGUACUAGUUAGAUAACAAGACCCAAUUGACCUCACUUUUUGCUGGUCUGGAGUUAAUGAAAAUUUUUCCAUAUGCUGCUGUAAGAAAACAUUUCAGUAACAAACUCCCAUGUGCGGUUUUGUCUGUGCUGUGCUCUUUCUCCAGUUAGUCAUCACAACAGAAAGGAGAUUUACUCCCCGAUGCGAGACGAUUAAGAUUUGAUCAUUUAACAGAGAUUAGCAGUUGCUGUAAUUUCCCUUACAGGAAAGGGGCAAUUAUCGUAAUCACACUCUAGAUCAGUUGUUGUGGGUUUUCUUUUUUUUUUUGUGAUGAAUAAAGGUGAAUAGCUCUUUUUUUACAUGUUGACAUUCUACACAGACCAGGUUAUAGAGCAUCUUCAUUAUUUGUCUCUUUUGCAUCUCUUUUAUUGCUUGAUGUUCAGCAAAUAGUGUAUAGGUGUAAACACUCACACGGCUGCUGACCAUCGUUUUGGAUAUCAUCUGCCAAAAAGACCUCUUUUUAUACAGUUCUUAGGAGAGUGUUUUGGCUGUUGUUUUGAUAUGCAAUAAACGAAAUGAACAUUUUUAGA